AAAGAAGGAACCAAAGAAACAAAACACAAACGUCUGAGUCGGGAGUCUCUGACAGUCGGAAAAUUGUAAUAGACGUUGCCCAGGAAUUUUCUCCUCUAGAAGGAAGAGAUCGAAAAAUCCAGACAAAUCCAAAAUUCACAAAAGUAAGGAGACUUCAACGAAGAAGACCAAAAGGAAUUUUUGGAACUGAAUUGUAUAAUUCAUGGCGAAGAUCAAACCUCAAGCUCUGCUUCUCCAAAGCAAAAAGAAGAAGGGGCCGAAUCGGAUUAGUCUGACGAGUAUUAUAUUGUCCAGCUUGAUUCUUGUAUUGACUCUGUAUUUUCUGUAUGCUACAUACAGACACUGGUCUCCAAGGUCAGGAAUGCAGAUGAAGAGCAAGGCACCUGUCUUUAAGGGUGAUAAUUCUUUCGUGAAUAUGAAGAAAUCAAAUAUCCCCAGAUUUGGUGUAAGUUUCUUUGUUUGCCAAGCUGGUUUCUCUCUGCAAGAUUCCUUUUUUCUAGCAAGUGUUUGUUUAUGACUACAGAAAUCUCAGUGAUGAAACAUUCACUAGAACCUUCUUUUUUCCAAUCAAAACAUUGGGAAUGACAGUUGACAUGAUGCAAUUUCCUUUUAGCCAGAUUUGAAGUGCCUCUUCAAAGCAUGCUUGUUACUAUUACAGCCUUAGCUAAGUACAUGCCAAAGUAGAACACAGAGUUAAAGAUGUCUGAUAAUACUCCUAUUGGUUGUUAUUAGCAUUUUAUCUUCUAUGAGUAGAAUAUAGAAAUAGAAGAGUAUUGCAUGUAAUUAUGUUUUUUCAACUGGGUUGGUAAACUUUGGUCUUGUUAAGGAUUCCUUUCCUUUAUUCACUUUUUGGAAAACUUAUAUGGUGAUCAAUGUAUCAAUAUCUUUUAUUUCAUCUUGUCCUUACUUGGGAGGCUCUAGCAUCUUUUAUUUUAACUGGGUUGAUAAUUUACUUUUGCUCUGAAGAGAAAAAGUAUUUCUUGUUUAAGACAGUUUUGGAAAUUUUAAUUAGGUAGAUUUUUGAUGGGGAAGUCCUGCAUGGUUAAUGAACUUGAUCUGCAUUAUCCAUUUUGUUUCUAUGUGUUAGUUUUUCCAUUGAAAUAUUAUUGGAAAUGAAUUCAUCCAUUGCCUCUGUUAUGAACUUUUUUUUCCUUCUUAUAACUAGAUUCUAGAUACUGCAAAAGGCUCCAUAACUGUAGAACUUUUCAAGGAUAGUUCUCCUGAAGUUGUUGAUCAAUUUAUUGGAUUAUGGUAAGUUCUGAAACUGUUUGAUAUUGUUGAUGACUUGAUGUUUCCCUGAUUCUUUUGUUAAAGACAUUAUAUCUUUUUGGAAACUCAUGUUUUCAGAAAUUUGUGGAUGCUUGAAAUCUUGAUAAAAGAUCAUAAAUUUCCUUAGUUUAAAAUCUGAACUUAACCAAAAUGUAGAUAAAAUGUGCAAUAAUGAUGCUGCUGGUUU